AUGAUUGCAGAAGGUGACCUCACAAUCGGAGUCCAUGGACUGCUCUCGAGUCAUAUCAUAGUCCAGAGAUGGGCUUCAGUGCUGCCAGUAUUCCAAGCAGGAUAUGCUCCAUACUUGUCACUCGACCAGAUGCAGAAGAAGAAGAAGGGCAGGCCUCAGUCUCCUCAACAAGAUGCCAUGGAGGAGGAGGACAAAGCCAUUACAGACCCAUACACCAAUGACGUAAAUGACAUGAGUUCAGUCAGUCCUAAUGCAAAUCCUGUGUUGGACCCCUUUGCUGGUAUUGUUUUUUGUCUUGAACAUUAUUUUAGUGCACUUGGCCAAUGUUCGGAUUGGACUGCCAGUGCUAUGCCUGAGAGUGAAUCCAUGCCUACAGCAUUUCAGCACAUCAAAUUGAUAUGGCUGGUUGUCUGGCCAUUGGCACUGAAGCUUGUAGGCUCAACCCACAUUAUCUCUAAUGACGCUGGCCUUGUAUUCAAGUAUAGCAACUGCUACAUCUCUGACUAUGAUGUGGAGCUGGCCAGGCUCAAACAUCUGAUAGAGUCCCUCAUUACUACAGCUGGAGACAAUCUUCAUGCUCUCCUUCCAUCUGGGCUAGCCUUUGAGAAGCUCCACAUCUCCUGUCCAGCUUUCAUGAUUAUAUGA